AUGACUGAAGCAGCUGGACUGUGGUGGUCGGAUAGUGAUAGUGAUAAUGAUAGUUUAAGAAAUAUAACACUGAAUAAUACAAUUAGUAAUAUGAACGAGUUGGACGAAUUUAACGAUAGCGAUAGUAAUAUUUACAGUUACAGGAAUAUGCAUAGUAGUGAUUAUGAAAACAAUGUUAUGGAUUUACUUAAUUUAAGAAGUAAUGUAGCUAUAGAAAGUGCUAUUAUAACCGCGGCUAGGACAGGAGUAAUACACCCAAGUUUAAUGACACCGCGUGAAAUGGCAGAUCAUUUAACGCAAAUUAAGUUAACUUUACCAAUUAAUGUAAAUUUACCUAUGGGCACAAAUCCGAAUGAAAUUUACGAAUUAAGUAAAAUUACAAAAAUGGCAGUGUUCUAUAAAGAAAGUCAGAUAGUCUUCGUAAUAAAGCUUCCGCUGGUUACCGAAUUGGAGCUCACGUUGUUCAGAAUACUUCCAAUACCACAACCAGUUGAAACAAUGAUAAACGGAAUAAAGAAUAAAAAUCAUAGUAUUGUUUUAAAACCAGAAUUCCAAUAUGUAGCAAUUACAAAAAAUAGGGAACAAUAUACCACGUUCACAGAAACUCAGCUUUUACAUUGUACGGAAACAGAAAUAUUCACAAUAUGUCCAGAAUUUUCACCAGUCGUUCACUCGAACAACAAAAAUCCAUGUGAGAUAGCUUUAUUCAAAAAUCCGGAUGUCUUGCCAGAAACAUGCGAGACGGGAGUCCUAGUAUUAUCGAAAGACAUAUUUUAUAAGUUGAAACAUGCAAACACUUGGAUAUACACAACAAAGGGUGAAACAUUUACUAUUGCGUGCAGGGAAAAUGCGGAACCAUACAUUACGAAAUUACGGAAGCAAGGAUUAAUUUGGUUAAGCUCAAAAUGUAGAGCGUACAGAAACGAUAUUAUUUUAAAUCCGACACAAGAAAUAAAAUCAAAACACUAUGUUAACUUUAUACCCGAAGUAGGACAGGGAAAAAUAUCAUUUAAAGUAUCCGAUAGAAUAAAAAGUAUGAACUUACCUAAGAUAAUGGUUAAACAGGAUUCACAUAAACUCGAAAAAAUACACGAAAUAGCACAAUCGUUAGAUAAGGUGCAACAACAAAUCGAUAAUGAAAUAUUAACACAAUCAGGACAGUUAGAAGCAAGCGAUACGCUUGGCAGAGAAAUCGAUAAGGCGGAUUUUUCACAACAAAAAGGAAGUGGAGACGACCUGCUUAGCGCAACUUAA